GCUCCCUAUGCAAUGUCCAGGUUAAUGCUUAAUCCAAAAACAGACUUGGGAUCGUUGGGCCAAGCCCCGUUUAUGGGAGGGUGGUUACUUGGAUGCAGAUAAGUUCUUGUAGAUCAGAGGUAUACAAGUCCAGAGAUCUGUGAGACUAAGCUCAGCCAGUUAAGCAAAACGGGACCUCCAAUACCGCAGCCACCAUGCCGAAGACCUCGACGUCCAAGGCCUUCGCCGCUGCUUUUGGUAUCCUGACUGCGUCCGUCAUCGGCAGCAUCGUCACGAUGAUCAUUUUGUACGAAACUGAGAUUGCGACAAUGAACCCGACGCCGCGACCGACCUUGGCAACUACCACGAUGGCACCACCACCUAUCAUGCGAUUGCCGACAAAUCUUGUGCCUGAGAACUACAGAAUCUUUCUUCAUCUUCAUCUCUAUUCCAAAAUCAUUGAGGAAGUUAACGUCACCACUCCCAACCAGACGAUGCUGUUCACCGGUAACUCAACUGUACAUUUUUACUGUGCUGAGACGACGCGGAGCAUUUACCUCCAUAGCCGAGACCUGAGGGUUUAUGAUCCGUUGGUGAAGAAUGAAAAUACAAAAAAGAAUAUUGAGAUCUCGAAUAUGAAGCAUCAUGCGGAUGAAAGUGAUUUCUUGGAGAUCCAGUUGACAGAUAAACUGGAGGCCGGAAUGAACUACAGCUUGUUUCUGGCGUUCAAGGGACAGAUAUCACAAAAUCUUCAAGCCUUGUAUUUAAGCACAUAUAACGAAGGUUUUCCACAUUCUAAAGAUAACACAGAGAGAUUUCUUGCCAGUACACAUCUGCAGCCAACAGACGCCAGAAGACUGUUUCCUUGUUUCGAUGAGCCGGAAAUGAAAGCUGUGUUUGAUGUGUCAAUCAUUCAUCGAGAAAACAUGAUGGCACUUGGAAAUGAAGCUGUGGCAGACUCUGGUCUUAUAGAUAACUGGGAAGUCACGCACUUUCAUCCCACACCAAAAAUGUCCACAUACUUGUUGGCAUUCACCGUUUCAGAGUUCACACCCACCCCAUCGGAGCACGACCGUGUGAAAAUUCAAAUAUUUGCUCGGCCAGAGGCUACUGAUGCUGGACACACUCAAUAUGCAGCAAAUGUUACUGGAAAGAUUCUUAUGUUCUACGAGAAACAAUUUGAAAUCAGUUACCUUCUGAAAAAGCUUGAUCAAAUUGCACUGCCGGAUUUAUCUGCUGUAGCGAUGGAAAACUGGGGAUUAAUCACAUAUGACGAAGGAGUCUUGCUGUAUGAAGAGGGAGUGUCAUCCCAGUUGCACAAGGAAACAAUCUCUUAUAUCGUUGCACACGAACUGGCACACCAGUGGUUUGGAAAUCUUGUGACAAUGAAAUGGUGGAGUGAAAUUUGGCUCAAUGAAGGCUUUGCCACCUACAUGUCAACUUUGGCACUGGACGAAGUUGAACCGACGUUUAAAGUGAGAGAUAUGUACAUCAUGCAUGAACUCCAUGGAGCACUUGAGCAGGACGCAUUGGCUUCUUCACAUCCUCUUAGCGUCCCACAAGAAAAUAUCCAGUCCACUUCACAGAUCAUCGAGAUGUUUGAUGUUAUAUCCUACUACAAGGGAGCACUUGUGCUCAGAAUGCUGGCCGACGCUGUGGAGCAAAGAGUUUUCGACAAAGGGCUUAAAAUGUACCUCAGUGCCUUUAGACAUGGAAACACUGACCAAGAUGACCUUUGGGGUUAUAUACGAAAGGCUGUUGUUGAUGACGGGGGUCACACUGAUGUUGCCGAGACGAUGCACACAUGGACCAAUCAAAAUGGAUAUCCCGUCAUUACCAUCAACACGACCACUGGUGAAAUUGACCAGAAGCAAUUCCUCUUCAACAGUUCUUUGGACUCGAGUUUUUUGUGGCAUAUUCCAAUCCGAGUGUUGUCAAAUACAUCGGGAACUUCUCUCGUCUGGUUGAAGACCAGAAGCGCAGUUAAAGAUCCGUUCAUUUCUAAGCAUGGAGAGUGGAUCCUUGCAAAUGUCAACUGUACUGGAUACUAUCGGGUCAAUUACAACCCAGAUAAUUGGAUAAACCUCCUCAGUCAGCUGGAAUCAAACCGCAAUCGCAUUCCAGUGAUGAAUCGAGGGCAGCUCAUUGAUGAUGCAUUUCAUUUGGCAAGGGCCAAAAUACUUGAUGUGACUCUGGCUCUAAAUACAACGUGGUUCCUUCGCGAUGAGAAAGAGUACAUCCCCUGGGAGUCGACAGUUCGGAAUCUUGAGUACUUCGUCCUCAUGUUUGACCGCUCGGAGGUGUAUGGACCGAUGCAGCUCUAUCUUCGGGCUCAAGUUAAAAACUUGUACAGUUACUUCAGAAACCUCACAGACAACUCGGAAAUUCCAGUGGACCAUUCAUUACAGCACAACCAGAUCACAGCCAUUGACGUGGCUUGUUCCAAUGGACUCCAAGAAUGCAUCCAAAGGGCUACGUGGAUGUUUGACGACUGGAUGAAUGGCAAUGAUACCAACGCCAACAGCAUUCACCCCAACUUACGGUCAGUCAUCUACUGCCAAGCUGUGGCCGCCGGAGGGAAAAAAGAGUGGGAGUUUGCUUGGAAUAAGUUCCAGACCUCUAGUAAAACCUCAGAGAAAGACCAGCUUCGAAAAGCACUGUCAUGCACCAAGAAGAUCUGGCUUCUAAGCAGAUACUUGGAUUACACUUUGGACCCUGAGAAGAUACGUCUGAUGGAUGUUACUUCGACUAUUAACUACAUUGCCACAAAUGUGGCGGGGCAUGGAUUGGCUUGGAAUUUUAUUCGUGCACACUGGGACUACGUUAGUCAGGGCGAUGGAGCCAAACUGAUCGAGGGUGUGACCAGGAGGUUCUCGACUCAAUUCGAACUGGAGGAGUUGAAGGAUUUUGCCACAAAGUCUGACCUUGGUGCUGCUUCGGGAGCUGUGGACCAGGCUAUUGAGCAGGUUAAAGUCAACAUCCAGUGGGUCAGCGAGAACAAGGACACCGUGCUCGAGUGGUUUCUUAGCAGAACUGAUGAUGACAUUUAGCAUUUGAUCGUGACGUCCAUUAGAUGGUGAAGGCAGCUUUGAAAGGCCUUCCUCUGCUACCUAAUCCAGAAUCAAAACUUACUCCGAAGACAAGUCCAACAAAAUCGACCUAAAAAAACGGAGUGAUGCACUUUUCUAAAACCCAAUUCAUGAGAUAAGGAACAGAAUGUAAGCAAAAUGCAGGUUACAGUACAAAAUUAAACAUACUUUUUUUUCUGCUAAAAACAGUCGGCAAUACUUGUUAUUUAUUUAUAAAACAUUGUUCCAAUGCAAGUGGAAGAGAUGAAUUCUGCCAAUGUCCAUGUCCAACUUCUACAUAUAUCGGAGGUAAAGAACAGAAUCUUGUAAAAUACAGGUAAUAACAUAUUUUGGAUAAUCGAGGUGUUUGUUGUAAUCAUAUGACCAAAUAAUUUGUAUACUAGGCUGAAAUUGAGCCUUCUGUACAUUGGUGUAGCAUCAGAACUCAUUGGAAUCUUAUGGUCAGUGGGAUCAACUACUGUAUACAGUUUUGACAAGAACCGAUUCAUUUUGUGUUUGUUUUUUUAUUAUUAACACUAACAAAUUCAGUAUACUUAUUUAUUUGUCAUUCCAAAUAGCACCUGUGGACCAAAAACAUUUCUGAAUUCACAACAGUGAGUUCAGAAAUACAAAGAAACGAUGGCAGUUGAUGGUAUUUGUUUAUUGUUUACAUUAUUAUAUUAUUUUAUUAGGGGAAAAAAAAAGCUAAAGAUGGUAUUUUGUGUCUUAAAGUGCAAGAAUGGGAAUCGUUUAUAUAUAAAGUGUGUUUGCAAUUUGUAUGUUUGUAGUCAUAUAUGACGAGAAAAGUAGGGACUACUCACCGACAAGUGAUGUAUACUAACGAAUUGUACAAAAAUAAAA